AUGGGUGGCUUUGUGCUUGAUGCCCCAGACUAUCCACGCUUUCCCAUCAACGCCCACCAGGUUCACUACCUUGUAAAAAAUGGCUUCCUCGACUUCCCCACGAUAAAACGCGAAACCCUCCAGGACAAGAACAAAGCAGACGCUUUCGUACGUAUCCUUACAUCCGUUCAGAUCUUCUGGUAUGCACUUCAAUGCAUCGGUCGUGCUGUUCAGCACUUGGCUGUCUCGAUGCUCGAGCUUGAUGUCGUAGCCAUCGUGCUGUGUACUUUUCCGACAUUCUACUUCUGGUUCCAUAAGCCCCUCGACGUUGACACGACGGAGACAUUACACCUCGUAGGAUCACUCCGACUAGGUGAUGUACUGGCUUUAGCAGGGGAUGCAGCCAAACAACCCUUCAAAUCCACACCACUCGACUUUAUCAACUCGCCACCGGAUCGUUUCCAGAUUCUCGAUCCUAUCAUGUGGUGCUUCGAGCACUUGAUUCCACUAUCCAACGCCGUUGGAACGUGA